AUGGCUAAGAUACUUAAAUAUCCAGGUUGUAAUCAAGAAAUAAGAACUAGUAAAACUCGAGAUCUUAAUAAACACAUGAAUUUAAAUGGAAACCUUUGUAAAGGACAAUGCCAACCAGCUUUGCUUAUAAUGCAAAAUGUAGAAAACGUUACUCUAGAGCAAAAUACACCUCAAACUGAAAACGUUACUCCAGAGCAAAAUCUGCUAUCAACUCCUGAAGCAAAUAAUAGAGAAACAAUUAUGGAAGCAUAUAAAAGAAUUAAUGAUGAGUCUGAAGCUAUUGCUAAAAAAACCAAUAGUAGAAUUGAUAUGCGUAAAUCUGGAAAUUAUACAUUAACAACUAUAAAAUUUUUCAAAGAAACCACUUUAGCACCCCAAAAAAGUGAAAAAAUAAGUAAACAAGAAAGUGCAUGA